UUCUUUACAUAUCCCGAUGCCAUCAUGUCUGUGUAGUAACUAGUACACCAAGUUCAGAGUUCUAUUUAGUGGUUUUGUUACUAACAGUCGUCACGUGUCUAUUGCUCGGACUGAACGCUUUGCUUGAAUGCUGGAUUGUGUAUACUUACUUAUUUUGUCUGAACAAAGCUCAAUUGUAUGAUUCUAUAUAUUUUUUAGUGAAAUUGUGGAAACCAAAAUCACUACCAUGGAAUCAAAAAAUAGGAGGCCUUCAGAGUCGAGAUCGAUUAUAGACAGUGCUUGUUCAAAGCGGAUUAUAAUAGCUGUAAUGGGAUUCAUAGGCAUUGCUAAUGCAUAUGCCAUGCGAUCAGUAUUGAGUGUAGCUAUUACUGAAAUGGUAGAAGAUAUUCAUAAAACAGCUAUAGACCCUAAUGGGUGUCCAGGACCGAUAAAACAUACAAAUACGACUAAUCCAAAUGCUGAAUUUGAUUGGUCUGAAACACUCCAAGGGCAUAUACUUGGUGCUUUUUACUAUGGAUAUGUAUUUGCUCAGAUUCCAGGUGGUAUACUGGCACAGAAAUAUGGUGGAAAACAUGUGUUUGGUGUUGGUAUUUUCCUGACCGCUGUGCUUACACUAUUGACACCACUUGCCGCUAGGAUUGGUCCCGCGUACAUGAUCGGUGUUAGAGUACUUGAAGGUAUUGGUGAAGGCCCUUCUAUUCCAGCAAUGAAUGCUUUGUUGGCUCAGUGGGUGCCUAUCAAUGAACGAUCACGUAUAGGAUCAUUUGUAUUUGCAGGAAAUAUGAUUGGAACGAUUGUAGCUCAAAGUUCCGCUGGCUAUUUGCUUAAGGUAACCGAUGACAAUUGGCCAUUGGUGUUUUAUGGUUGUGGCAUUGUAGCGCUGAUUUGGUAUGUUUUUUGGAACCUGUUGGUAUAUAGUUCACCGAACGAACACCCCACAAUAUCCGAUUACGAACUUACAUACUUAGAACGUCAUCUAAAAGGAGUAAAUAAAAAUAAGAAUACAUUAAAAUCUACACCAUGGUUGUCAAUGUUGUCUUCAGGUCCCAUGUGGGGCUUAAUGAUAGGUCAAAUUGCUCACGACUGGGCUUUAUUCAUGAUAAAUGCUGAUUUGCCGAAGUACAUGAAGAGUGUCAUGAAAUUUUCUAUUGCAGAAACCGGUGUAUGGAGUUCAAUGCCACAUGUUUUGAUGUGGGUUUUUGCCAUAUUAACGGGAUGGUUAAGUGACUAUCUGAUAUCUAAUGGAAAAUUGGGAAUAUUACAACAGAGAAGAUUAUUUUCGACCAUAGCUUGUAUUGGACCUAUGUUGGGAACAUUAGCAGCGUCAUAUGCCGGUUGUGACAAGAUAAAAGUAGUCGUUCUAUUUACCAUUGGUAUGGCUACUAUGGGCUUCUUUUAUUCAAGCAUGAAAGUUAACGUAAUGGAUUUGAGUCCAAAUUAUGCCGGUCCUGCAAUGGCCAUGGUAAACGGAGUUGGAGCUGUUGCUGGAAUCGUUUCUCCUCCUCUCAUCGGAUAUUUAAUACCAAAUAAUACCCUGUUGGAAUGGCGUAAUGUGUUCUGGAUAAGUGGUGGUGUAGUAAUCGUAGCGAACUCGAUAUAUUUGGUAUUGGCCUCGGCAUCCAUACAGUGGUGGAAUAAUCCGGUACCGACUUCUGAGACUGAUGAUGGUGAUACUGAUUUGUAAGAAUUGUGUUUAUUGAGAAGUGUUUAUUCAAACAGCUUAGAACAUUAUUAUGAAUGUGACACGCGGGGACAGUGUGACUAUAUUAUAUUAUGCAAUCAAGUUUAAUAUUGAAAUAUUUGAUUUGUUGCUUGGUAAUUGAUGUUUAAAUUGUUGAAAUACUACAGCAGUGGAAACAAUUUUAGACGUGAAUUGAUUUUUCAAUAUCAUAAUAUUAUAACUAAAUUAAAUUAUUCAAUUGUACGUGAGUCAUUUAAAAUAUAAGUAUGAAGUUUUAUUUUUUAAAAACGAUAAGUACGUGUUCAAAACUUAUACAUUAUAAUAUAUAACUCAUAAAUUUUCAAAGAAUAGAUUGCAAUUCUAUUUUGUGUACCAUUACAAAUUUGUAUGAAAAUGUUUUUCUAGUCAUAGUUUUAAUUUCAGACUAUGUACGUAGAUGUAAUAUUUGUUGCCUAUAUGUUUGUGUUAAUAAUUUAUUAAAACAACACUUUUCAUUUAAUUCAAAUUGAAUCAAACUAUAAGUUGUAAAUCAUAUAUCCAUGCUAAAAUUUUCGUUUAAGAUAAUAAUAAUUUAAAAAUACAUUAUAUAACUUCAUAUAAGUUUAAUUUAUAUUUUCAUGAGUUUGGACAUUAGGUAUUAUACUUUAUUAGUCAUAGUACAUAAUAUUGUCAUUGUGAAUAAUUUUGUUAGUUAAAUAUUAUUUUAAUAUAAGUUUAUAGUUACUAUUGAAUAAACUAUUUAUAAUCUUAAAUUAUAAUAUUCGUAACAGACCUUGAAUAGAAAUGCUUUAUCAUAUCAUAUGCAAUAUCUUAGUUACUAUAUUUAAAUAGAACUUAAAUUUUGUUAACCUAAUAUUGUUUCUUUGUAGUCAUGUAAUAAUCUUAAGUUUGUACCUGAAUAAAAAUUUAAAAGCAUAAAUAUGUGUUUAAAAUUUUUAAUGUUUAUUAUGUACACAAAUUAUUUUAUAUUUAUGAAUGAAAUGGUAUUGUUUUAAUAUUAAGCAAUCAUCGUAGUUGGUAAAUAGUAUAAUUUAGCGGUUUAUCUAUAAAUAAAUCAAUAAUGUAACUUA